AUGUCGGGAGAGCAUCAUGAUGAUGACCAUCAAUUCGAGGCUGCUGAGUCUGGGGCCGCUGAGACUUUCCCAAAGCAGUGCUCUGCUCUCCGUAAGAACGAACAUGUUAUGAUCAAGGGUCGCCCGUGCAAGAUCGUCGAAAUGUCGACCUCUAAGACCGGAAAGCACGGUCACGCUAAGGUUCACUUGGUCGCUCUCGAUAUUUUCACUGGAAAGAAGCUUGAGGAUAUCUGUCCAUCCACCCACAACAUGGAUGUCCCAGUCGUCAAGCGCAAGGAAUUCUUGGUCAUCGGAAUUGAGGAUGAUGGUUUCUGCUCAUUGAUGGACCCCGAGUCGUGCGAAACCAAGGACGAUCUUCGUCUUCCAGAAGGAGAACUUAGCCAGCAAAUCAAGGAAGCUCUCGACAAGAACGAGGGUGAUGUCUUGGUCCAAGUCGUCUCUGCAUGCAAGGAGGAAGCCAUUCUUGGAUUCAAGGUCUCCACUGCUAAGAACUAA